UUUUGAUCCCCCUAUAUAAGGGAAGUUACUAAAUCCUCAAGGUCUACAAUCAAUCUUUGAAGUUCAGAUAGCAUCCAGAAAGUUUUCCCUCUUAUAUCGUAUGACACCAAAAAUAGAUACAAAAACAAUGUAUCAACAAAAGCUUCAAAACAAGCACCAAUCUCCCAUAUAUUACCAGUUUCUUAAGAUGCUCAUCCCAUUUUCUAUGACCUUCUCUGUUUUCGCCUUAUUAUUUUUGCACCCAUCUCGGCCUCCCUUCUUCCAUUCUCUCAUCUCCCACUUAUCUACAUUCUCAUGUCAGCUCUUUUCCCUUGCAGCUGAUAAGAACUACAUAUUCCUGUUAUGUAAUGGAAUACUGGUUUUCAUUGCAAAAUACUCAAGUGGCUCUGUCGAUACUAGCUCACCACCCCUGCCUGAGACAAGUCCUGAUAAUGACUUGUAUUACAAGGCAUACAGUCAGACUAUGCAAUCCUCGAUAGGGAACUCUCUCUUGGUGGAGGAUGCCGCCACCAAUGAAGAUGAGAAUGAAAAUGAAUUAGAAGAAAAUGAAAUCAUGCCAAAUGAAGAUGUAGAGGAAAAACAUGUUGUGUAUCAGAUCACAGAUGGAACAAUAUGGGAAGAAGUGGAAGAAGAAAAGUAUGAAGAUGUUAUCAUUAAUGAUAACAAAGAAAACAAGAAAGAACAUUCUGACAGUUGGUCUUAUGAAGAGCAAGAAGAGGACAAUUACAAGUAUUAUGCAGAGCAAGAGGACAAUUAUGAGUAUUAUGCAGAGCAAGAAGAGGACAAAUAUGAGUACUAUGCAGAGCAAGGAGAAACAGAACAAGAAGAGGAAGCAAUUGCCCAGAUGAGUACAGAGGAAUUAAACAGAAAGUUUGAUGACUUCAUUAGAAAGAUGAAGGAAGAUCUCAGAAUCGAAGCCCAAAGACAACUUAUAGUUGUUUAAACUGAUUAGAGAUUAAUACAUGACUUCAUUGUAACAUAACUUUCUUUUCCUCUUCUGUUAUCCUCCAUAUGUUAUAGAGUAUAGACAUAGAUGCUUUUUUUUCAUCUUCAAUCACGCUUUACUUUAGACCAUAGAUGUUAGCAAAUACCAUAAUUAUGUUGUAGAUAUAUCUUGGUUUGUGUAGUACACUAUUAUCAUAGACAAAUCUUCCCUUAUUAGUUUUCUUGUCUUCUUGAGACAUUCAAGUUUGUACAAAAAGAACAAAGAGAAAGGCAGUCCCAAAACUACAAUAUACUCCAUAAUAGGACAUUGGAAUGUUCAAAAGUUAAAAAAAUUGACACAAACCAAGCAAAAGAAAAUGAGUUAUCUUGGUAAAGACAUUAGAUGGACAUCGUAUAUUUAAUAAAUUGAAUAUCCUCAUGGCACUAAGCCCCAUUUUCCAUGAUGUUUUCAG